GCGAGGGAGGCAGCGCGAGGCAAGGGAGAGCACCUCCUCGUCGGGCGAGGGACGGGCUUGGAGCGAGGCGAGCGACAGCGGCAGCUCUCCCCCCCCCCUUUCCCCUUUGCUCCCCGCAAGCGAGCCAACUCCGCCCUGAAGCUGGUGGGCUUGGAGCGAGCCAGCGAGCGAAGAGCGACGGCUGCAGUGUAGGAGCGGCGCGAGGACGAGGGCGCGAGGCAGGCGACGAGGGGGACCGGCCAGCCCGCUGCUUCUGCCCGGGGAUACUCGCGAGGGGCUGCCUGGGAACCCUUUCGCCUCCCCCCCCCCAUUUCGUUUUGGAGCCUGGCGGGGGCUGCGCGCGCGCGCCUCGCUGUCCUUUGAUUGUUGCCAGGAGCUGCGGCACGGGAAUAAUGUGGAACGUGUGGAUGCUGCUGGCUUUCGCCUUGAUAGCCUGUGUCUCCGGGGAGACGAGAGCAGCAUUGACUUCUGAUAAAGAUCUGUACCUUGACAACAGCUCCAUUGAAGAAGCAUCAGGAGUCUAUCCAAUUGAUGACGAUGAUUACACUUCUGGGUCUGGUUCAGGGGCUGAAGAAGAAGGAGAUGACACGAUUAUAGCAACAACAUAUAGAACACUUCCAAAGAUACCACCAACUAGCGAUGCCCCUAGAACGGAGAGAAAUACAUUGAAAACGCAGACCAAGGUACCUUUGCAAACAAAGGCACCUGAUGAGACUGAUAAAAAGAAGAUACUGAAGCCUAAGGCUGAAAAUAAAAAUACUAAAACUGAGCCUGGUGAAGACACAGAUGUAGUCACUCAAAAACACUCAGAAAACCUUUUCCAGAGAACAGAAGUACUGGCAGCUGUUAUUGCGGGUGGAGUUAUUGGUUUUCUCUUUGCAGUCUUUCUGAUCUUACUCUUGGUAUAUCGCAUGAGGAAGAAGGACGAAGGCAGCUAUGACCUUGGGGAACGUAAACCAUCCAGUGCUGCUUACCAGAAGGCACCUACUAAAGAGUUUUAUGCAUAAAACUCUCAACUUAGUGUCUCUGUUUAAGAGAUCACUGAACUUUUUAAAUAAAGCUUUUUUUUUUUUUUGCAUAGAAUAAUGAAGAACUUUUUUGUUCAUUAAAGAGCCUUUAUGGCACCUUUAUGAUAAAAAAGACCCCCAUUGUAUUUAAAACUUUUCAUGUAUUCCUUUUAAGAAAAUGUAAAGUUAAAAUCCUAACAUUUUGCAGUGUUCUGUGAAUAACAGUGGCAAAACAUUAUUUUAUAUCGCCAUUGCUGUUCACCGAAUCAUUUAAAAAAAACUUUAUGCAUAAAUGAAAAUGAUUGUUUUAUCCUAUGGUUCGAGGAAAGUUGUUUAAUUUUUGUCAGCAUGUCUGAUUGAUCUUACAAGUUAGUUUUUAUUUCAUUAAUUUAUCUGUUUCCAAAAAAAAUGCCUUUUUGUAGUUGUCAAGGUGCAAUCUGUCUUCGGAUAAUUCAGAUAAUGGUAGCUUUUAGUGUAAAUGUAUUUUUUCAGCUAUGUAAACUUUAACCUCCACUUUGUAUGAAUUUUAGUGUCAGGAAAUCCAUUUUACACCUUGCUUUGUUCCUCAAUGUUCCUGUAACUUCAUUGAAACUUACAGCAGCAAAUUAAUGUGUAAAAUCGGACUAUUAUUGCAAACUGCAUAGUCAUGCCCUUACAAAAUAAAUCUUCUUUAUGGGAGAUUUGUAGUAAGCUACUGACUAGCCUCCACCAACCCAAAGACUCUGAACAGUAUUCUGAGAAGUUGCUGCAAAGUUAUAUGGCCACUGUUUGUUAAUUUUUGGCAAUUUGAAGGUACGAGUAGGGAUUAAUUUUUUUUCCUGUUCUUCAAAAAUGCAUUUAAGUUGUAAACGUCUUUUAAAGCCUUUGAAGUGCCUAUGAUUCUAUGUAACUUGUUGCAGACUGGUGUUAAUGAGUAUAUAACAGUUAAAAAAAGAGAAAAUGUUGGUAUUUUAUAAGCACAGACAAUUCUAAUGGUAACUUUUGUAGUCUUACAUGGAUAGACAGAAAUUGUAAUUUGGGAACAUAAACACUACUGAAUAAAUCAUGUGGCCUAAUACUGAAAUAUUUUAUUGCAGAAUUCUUUUUCAACUCUUUCUAAUGAUAACAGCUCAGUCGUUUUUGACAUGGUGAACAAUUGCACGAUUAAGGGAUUUUGAGGGGAAGAAAAGCCCCCCAAAACUGUUUGCACAAGUCAUGGUUAAAGCAACCAUUUCACAGGAAGAGCCGUCUGGCCUCAUU